AUGAGCGUCAUUCUAUGCACUGCUGGCUAUGACCAUACCAUCAGGUUCUGGGAAGCCCUGUCAGGAAUAUGUUCGCGCACUAUCCAGCAUCCAGAGUCCCAAGUUAACCGACUAUGCAUUACGCCGGACAAAAAGUAUCUCGCCGCAGCCGGGCGGCAUAUGGUGCGGCUGUACGACAUCAAGUCCUCGAAUCCCAACCCUAUCAUGCAAUUUGAGGGACAUACAAACAAUAUAACGGGGGUCGCUUUUCAUUGCGAGGGGAAAUGGAUGGUCACGAGCUCGGAAGACUCGACGGUCAGAGUCUGGGACACGAGGUCGGGCCAGGUACAGCGCAACUACCAGCACACCCACCCCGUCAACGAUGUAGUCAUCCACCCCAAUCAAGGUGAACUAGUGAGCUGUGAUCGAGGGGGCAACAUUCGCAUCUGGGAUCUCGGAGAGAGCAAAUGCACCCACCAGCUCGUACCGGUGGAGGAUGUCUCGAUGGCCAGUGUUAGCGUGGCCAGUGAUGGCUCUCUUCUGGCCGCUGGAAACAACCUGGGUGACGUCUACAUCUGGCGGAUGUAUCAGAACCAUGACUCCACCACCCUCCUGCCCUGCCGCGUCUUCAAAGCUCACAAGGACUACCUCACACGUCUGUUGCUUUCACCAGAUAUCAGACUCCUUGCGACCUGUAGUGCAGACCAUACUGUACGAAUCUGGAAAAUAGACAUGAACGAAGAACACCUCGAGGCCAUCCCAGAGGGGCCAGGCAGUUCCAACCCCGAUGACCCAAAUCAUCAAAGCAAUGGCUCGCCAAACCAGUAUGUCGUGAACGGCAACGGUACCAGUAACGGAACAAGCACGCCAAGCUCAAUUUCAACUCCUAACCCUAUCGUCUCCGGCGGCUUCAGCGCAAUCGCGAAUCCCGACUCACGAUCCCAGUCCUCAGGCAGCCUAACUUCCACUCCAAUAUCCCCUGCAUCUUUCCGAACCCUGACUGAACUCAUCACCCAGCGCCGGCCUCUCCCUUGUGACACCGUCCUCGACAACCACCAGCGGUGGGUAUGGGACUGCGCAUUCAGCGCCGACUCUGCCUACCUCGUGACCGUGUGCAGCGACCACUACGCUCGUCUGUGGGAGCUCGGUACCGCCAGUAUCAUCCGGCAAUACAGCGGUCACCACCGCGGUGCCGUCUGCGUGGCUCUCAACGACUACUCGAAUCCGCCCUAG